AAAUAGGGGAGAUUUAAGCUGAGGAGAAUGACGGGUGAAGUCCCAACACGAUGAAAAAUCCACACAGUGAGAUCUACUUCUCUUCAUAUCUAUUCACAAACCCAUCUUCACCUCACUACAGAUCCCUAUCAUUCCCAAAUGCUUAACGCGAUGCGUUUCAAAUCUGAGCAAUAAAACUCCGCAUCGUUGUAGGAUCCGGGACGCGACGUCGUUUCAGUAAGUAUGGGUGUCAACCAAUCAGUGCAAGUUGUGGAAGACAGCGAAGAAGAGGAAGAGGAACCAGAAGAAGAAGACGAUAGAAACAUUAAUGGGCCCCUGGGCCGGGCCCAAUUGGGGAACCACAUGGUCAAGAAGGUUCUAGAACAAGAGCCCGAGAUGCUGCCGUGCCACGCCUCCGCGUCGCCGUUGUCGCCGCAGCUUUCGUCGCUCGGCACGCCGCGCCUCGGCCCUUCCAUCAAGGUCUGGGACCCUUACAACGUCCUCGGCCCGCCGCCGCAGCUGCCGUCGCCUCCGCCGGCUCUCUCCCGGAGCUUCUCGGCGGUGGUUGGGGAUGAUGAUGUGACGGAGGUUUUUCUGAUCAGCCACGGCGAGUGUGAGUUGAAUUUGGCGCCAGAUUUGGUCGGUGGCCGGUGCCCUGCCGCAGCAUUAACGGCGAACGGGAAACGGCAGGCGAGGGCUUUGGCCGUUUUUCUCAAGUCUCAGGGGGUUCGGUUCAGUGCGGUUUAUUCGUCGCCGUUGGAUCGGGCACGGUCAACUGCGAUUUCGGUCUGUAAGGAAGUCAAUUUUUCAGAGGAUCAAAUUCAAUCCUCUGACGCCCUUGCAGAGAUUAGUCAAGGGAAUUGGGAGGGCUGCCUUCGAUCAGAAAUAUAUACCCCUGAAAUUCAGGGCUUAAUUGACAGGUUCCAGCCAGAUUUUACUGCACCUUCUGGAGAAUCACUUAGACAAGUAGAAUUCCGGAUGAUUCACUUCUUAAAUGGAACCGUCCUGGGAUUAUAUGAAAAAUUGAGAUUAGAUUUAUCAUCACACCAAAAUGAUAGCCAGGCAUUUCCACAACAUAAUUCCCAUGCUCUCCUGCCAAACUCAAUUCAUGACCAAGAUGGCCCUUCUCUCCCUCCAAAUCAAUGGGAUUUGCCCAAUAGGCACCGACCUGCAUUUUCAAGGAAAAAAUCUGGUAAGAGCAGGCUACAAUUUGUUACAACUACUGGAGACGAGAUUGAAGAUGAGAUUUCCUCUGGCAACGUAAACCACCAAAAUUCUCUGCAUAAUUCUUCUGGUUUCAGCAGCUUUUCACCAUCUGUCUCUUGUAUAGGACUAUUUACUCACUCUGUGCCUAUUAAGUGUCUCCUAACUGGCCUUCUUGGAUGUAGCCCACUGAUGUCACAUAAGUUCUGCAUAGAAGACUCUUCAGUGACCGUGUUACAGCAUUCUCUGAGAACUGGUUGGCAGAUAAAGAGGCUGAAUGAUACAGCACACCUUAGGCUUCUCUAGUUAGAGAAGCUGUACUUAAUGAUCUGAAUUUUUGGCAUUGGUUUGGAUAUAAAUUUGGCUUGGUUGUUGAUAUUUACCAAUUCACCAGAAUUGAGGCCUUUUAUUGUAACCUUUAUUUAUUUCUGCACUGGUCUAUUCCAAAAGAGGAAUGAUUGCAGGAGUUGGGAUUGUUGUAUUAAUUCUUUUUGGUUUGUAGCAUUACUAAAGUUGUUGCUAUACAUCAUGCCAUGUAUUCCAUGUACUUUACAGGAUACAAUUGUUUCAGAAUUCAAUAGCUUCGACGAUCUAAUAUUUUAUUCUCAAUCUUAGGCAUAGGGCAGUUAAAUCUUGUUCAAAUAGUGGGAGACCCAAAUUCACUACGAUUGGACCACAGUCCGUAGUUGCGGGAUUGCUGGAUUGUUUCAGUGGGGACAUAAGCAGAAGACCUCUCAGUUUAUUCCAUAUUCUGAUCUUAUCUUCUAUUGCUCACCAUCACUGUAGCAUGCCGCAGGGGCCAUCAUGCUACAACCUAUUGUCAUGUGAAUCUCACAUGGUAGGUAAUGAUAUUCUUCAAGGAUCUGGAAUAUAAUGAGUUCAGCAACUUAAACCAUGGUAGGAAUCCCUAAUCAUUUUGAUUUUAG